GGGGGGGGCAGUGUCCGGGGGCCCCGGUGCGGUACCGGCGCUGGGCAGCUCCGGCGGCCCCGCCGCGGCCGGUCACGAGUGCGCAGCGGGCGCGGUACGCAGGCGCUGAGCGGCGGCGGGGCAGCGCGGCGCCCCGCGGAGGGAGGGAGAGGGGAGACGGGACACCCACCCCCACCACAAAAGCGCGGCCGGUUCCUGCGUGGGUGCGAGCCGCGACCCCCCGGGAUGUGCCCUGGGAGUUGGGUUGUGUUUAAACGCGGGGUGGGGGGGAGAGCACCGGCUGCCCAGUCUCACGUUUUAAACCCGCGGGCAGUUUUGGAGGAUUGCCGUACAAAAGAGUGGGGGGGAAUGAACGGAGCAAACCCUGGAAAAUAAUCUUGGCGUAUACGGAAUUCGGAUUGAUUGCUGUGAUCGGUUAAGCACCCUGAUUGCCCGGUGCAUGUGUUGCUCCCGCAGCCGGUAGCCGGCACCGCGGCCCCACCGGAGGCAAAGACCGGCUGGGGCAUAAAAGCUUCCAGAUCUGCACCUAUAUUUGUCUUGUGAGAAGGGGUUCCAAUUUCUAUCAUGUAUGUAUUCAGUGCUAAAUAAAGUAAAAUUGCCUUUGUAAUAUUCAUGUACAACAGGUAGUUAAAAAUCACAUGAAAAAGUAAGUAAAAAUCAUAUAAAAGAUGCUGAUAGAAAAAAAUCUCAAGUAUUGGUGAUACUGCAGGUUUGUAAAACUAUCAAAGGGUCUAAUUUCUCGAACACCAACUCACAUCUACUCUGAAUUGAUGCUGAGCAAAUAUUGGGACCAUCUGACUGCAAUAGCAGGGUCAACGUGGAGGUUUUGAACAGCCUCCAGGUUCCAAAGUGUGGCUCCUCUCUGAAGUGACAUCCUUUGCCUCCCCAAGAAAGGGAACAUCAAAGUGUACCUGAACCCAGGGCCGGGGGCUGAUGGCUUUGGCAGUGCUCCUCAGGUUUGGUUUCUGCAGUUUUAUGAGAUGGAUGUUGGGAAGAAACGUGUUUCUACCUCUGGUACAGUACUUGUUCACUGUUGUCUCUCCCGGGCCAGCAAAAAUUGGAAGUGCUCUGAUCUAACCCACACAAAUCUCAGAAAUACAUUUCAAACUGUUGUCUUUCCAUGGCUUUAAUUCUCAGAUCAGUUAAACAGAGACUGAAACUUCUCUUAAAAUAGGGCAUUUUUCUUUACUAUUGCUGUCUGCUUCUACCAACAGAAACAUAUUCAUAUAGCAUCCAGCUGCACUUUGCAUAGCCAAUUGUGUUCUAGGUACUAUAUCAAACGCAUUAACUAUUAUGCAAAAAAUAAAACACAUUAAAAUUCAACUUUGCGGGCCUUGCCUAACAUCUCUUUGGAAAGAUCUGUAUUUUAAUGAACCCUGAGAUGUGAAUAAAGGCAGGGGAGGAUAGAGUUCUAACUUAGGACUUAAAUCAUUGAGCUUCUGCAUCUGCCAAUAACUGUUUGCAGAAUCUUGAAAAACCAUGUAAGCUUUCUCUAACAUCUCCCUAUUUGGAGAGGAUUGGACUUUAUUAUCAUAUAGAAGUGUUGUAUAGGCUAUAUAUUGAAGUGUGGAUUCCAGAUGUCUGUUAUAGCAAGUGCAUUAUUAAUCCAUAAUUCUGAAGAGAUGUAUGCAUAUGUUGACCUUUCAGCCAAGAUUACUCGAUCUUAAAAUUAAAUGCAUGUGUACAUCUGUAGGAUUGAGGCCAGAGUACUUGUACAAAAUAAAUGGAUGUUACUAGAGAAUCAUCAGACAAAAAAAACCAUAAUCCAUCCAUUCUACAAAAGUCCACCAAAAAAGACAAAACACAGACAUAAAAGACAAUCAACUAAUUUUUCUAAGUCUUUUUUUUUUUUUGACAUGAACAAUUUGAGACUCUUAGUGUAUCAAGCAAACCCAAAGACUGUAUAAUCACAUGCAUCUCGAAAUACCACAGCAUAUUAUUGAAGUAUGGAAGUAAAUAUGUUUCAGAAAUACAACAAUUUUAAUCUAUAGAUCUCCAAAAAUAGAAAACAUGUUUUUAACCUUCUUUUAAGACAGAAAUGUUUAUUAAACUACAAUUAAUUUUACCAUUGAAAUAACACUCUAGUCUGUGUAUUAAUAACAAAAAACCUGUCUCAAAAGAACUGGGGAAAAAAGGGGGGGCGGUAGGCUGUGGAUGAUGAGAAUAUCCACAGCUGCAUUAGAUAAGAUAAAAACAUUUAGAUGCAAUAUUAAACCUGCAUGCUCCAGGACACAGGUUAAGCACUGGCAGAUGGGGGUCAGGGCUCGUUUUCCCUCUGAGCAGGUCAUGCCACAGGUUUCCAGCGGUGCUGAGAGCUGGGUUUUGGCAGGGCUGCCGCAAGGCUGGGUUUCUUCACAGUCAAAAAUAGGGGAAAAAAACCUUCAGAUAUCAAUACUGUGAAAAGGGAGCAGUGAUUAUUGAGAAAGGGGCUAGUCUGAACUGUGUUAAAAAAAAAAACAAACCACUUUUUUGCUGGACGUUAAUGUAACUUAAAUUAUUUAACAUCUAAUCAUGACAAUGUGCUGGAUCCUGACACUGUUAGCUUGGAACUAGGAGCUGUCGUUAAUUAAACUUGUACUGCAGGGCUCAUGCUAAAAUAAGAACUAUAGCACUGUGCUUGGGAAGGCUGUAUAAAGAAAUGGGUUCAUUUUGCCCCUACUGAGCUUUCAUACAUGGUUAUUUCCCAUUGGAGAGAAUGGACUGAAAUAAUCUUAAAACAUUUUUAGAAGUAUAUUUUAUCCUGUAAGACUCACCAUUCUAUACAUUACUCUGGGUUAAGAUGGAAGUCUAGAUAUUUAUCCAUUUCAUUAUUUUAUGAAGUUAAAAAUUAUACAAUUUUUCUAGACAUGGCAGAUCAAAAUCUUUGCAGAAAUUCCAUCAACUAAACUUUAAGCUCUACUUUAGAUGAGACUGGCAGAGAUGCUGGCCUUAACCUCCCUGCUGCUUGGGACUGCUGAAAAAACCUUUAUUUGCCUUUUGCAACUUCACCUUCGAGUGUGUUGUUUUUAAUGCCGAUCUACCAUAGUUGCCAUUUUGUGGUAACCUGAUUUGGUUUUGGUACAAUAACAGGAACAAAUGGAAGUGGUGAUUUGCAUGUGAAGCUGGAAAUAUGUUUUAGAAAAACUGCUAUGUGAAGGGUAGCACCUUUGCAUGCUCAGUACCACAUCACAUUAAUCAUAUGGUACUCAGCAAACCUAUUCUUAUUCAGUCCUCCUACAGAAAAUAGAGAAGUAAAUUUUUAGCAGAAAAAAACCUAUGAGUAUCCUUGUGACAGUGUAGAUUUCUCAGGGCUUUCUGGAAAGAAACUUGGACUUCUGCCACCUGCUCCGAUUGUGUUCAUGCAUAAAUGAUCCAGAGAAUGGGUUGACAUUAUCUCUAAUUAGAGGUAAUAACAGCCUGCUACUGAAAGAGCCAGUUCCCUUUCUCUUGCUUGUAUGUCCCUCAUUUCUCCUGCAUUAGGUCUAGUGUUCAUGCAGCCACAGGGUAAGUCAGUUCAGUGACCUGAUCCAGCAGAAAACUCACCCAUUAAGGAAAAAAAACACGGUUGGUUUUUUUUUCAUUAGGUCAAUUCACUGAAGCUCUGUAGCCAUUUGAUCGGCAUAAUGUACAGGAUGGAGAGGAGAAUGGGGUGAGAUGAAGGAAGAGUGCAGGACUACACCCUUUUGGUGGCCUUCUGCAAUUGCACUGAUCAGAGAGCCCUUCCUGGUAAACAGGAAUAGGAGUGAUGGACAGAAGAGUAGAGAAAUGGUCGCUAUGGUAGAAGUUCAGCUGGAUGCAGAACACGACUACCCUCAAGGUCUCCUGAUAGCCUUCAGUGCCUGUACUACUGUCCUUGUUGCAGUUCACCUUUUUGCACUCAUGAUAAGUACCUGCAUUCUUCCAAAUAUAGAGGCGGUUAGCAACGUGCAUAAUCUCAACUCUGUAAAGGAAUCUCCUCAUGAGCGUAUGCAUCGGCACAUUGAGCUUGCGUGGGCAUUUUCUACUGUCAUUGGGACUUUGCUCUUUCUUGCAGAGGUGGUGCUACUGUGUUGGGUGAAGUUUCUUCCUUUAAAGAAGAAAACUGAUAACCCACUCCAGAGCAACAGUUCUACCAUCACAUCAGGACAGGCAGCAGCCAUUGCAUCAACGUCUAUUAUGGUUCCCUUUGGAUUGAUUUUCAUUGUGUUUGCAGUCCACUUCUACAGGUCACUGGUGAGCCAUAAAACAGACAGGCAGUUUCAAGAACUGAAUGAACUUGCUGAAUUUGCACGGCUCCAGGAUCAGCUGGAUCACAGAGGUGAUGCUAUCUCCUCAGCUGUUACUCAUUUUGCAUAAACCCUUACUUAAAGAAAAUAAACCCACUAUUCUGCUUCUGCC